UGUACGUCCACAAACUCUCUCUGUCACUCACAUGGCGCUCGCCACCGUGUCUGGCGUGAUCUCCGCCCUGCUGGUAAUUCUCGCCGGAGUCGCGGCCACGGCGCAGCCUCCUCCUGCCGUGGGAGGGCCACCCCCGGUGCCAUCGCCGGUCCCCGCUACACCUCCUCCGGCAGGGGGAGCCACCCCUCCGCCGGCGGUGGGGCCGCCCAAGCCGCCUCCGUUGCCGGCCGGGCCGCCUAAGUUCCCGGCGCUCCUCGCGUUCGGCGACUCCGUGGCCGACACGGGCAACAACAACCACAUCCGGACCUUCAUCAGGGCCAACUUCCCGCCCUACGGCAAGAACUUCCCCGGCCACAAGCCCACCGGCCGGUUCUGCGACGGCAAGGUCAGCGUCGACUUGCUAGCAUCGGCGCUGGGCGUGAAGGAGCUAGUGCCGCCGUACCUGAAGAGGGACCUCUCCAUCGAGGAGCUCAAGACGGGCGUUACCUUCGCCUCCGCCGGCAACGGGUACGACAACGCGACCUGCCGGACCAUGUCGGCGCUGACGAUGGAGCGGCAGCUGCAGCUGUUCGAGGAGUACAAGCAGAAGGUUGGCGGCACCAUACCCGACAAGGCGCUCUACAUCGUCGUCACGGGCAGCAACGACAUCGUGGAGCACUUCACCUUCGCGGACGGCAUCACGGAGCCCCGGUACGCGGAGAUCAUGGUGGAGCGCGCCAUCGCCUUCGUGCAGUCGCUGGCGGACCUGGGCGCGAAGCGGAUCGCGCUGGUGGGGGCGCCGCCGGUGGGGUGCCUGCCGUCGCAGCGCAUGAUCGCCGGCGGGCUCAAGAAGCAGUGCGCCACCGACCGCAACCAGCUCGCCCUGCUCUUCAACCACAGGGUGGGGCAGGAGAUGGCGAAGCUGGGCGCCAGGCUCCCGGGGGUCACGCUCGUCAACAUCGACCUCUACACCAUCUUCGCCGACGUAGUCCACCGGCCCGAGGCGUACGGGCUCAAGAACACCCACGACGCAUGCUGCGGAUACAUCGGCCUGGCCGCCGCCGUGCUCUGCAACUUCGCCAGCCCGCUCUGCAAGGAACCAUCCAGCUACUUGUUCUGGGACAGCUACCACCCCACCGAGAACGGAUACAAGAUCCUCAUCGACGCCAUCGUAGCAAAAUACUUCAGAUUCAUGCACUAGCGAGAGCUAGCAGUGCACUCUCUCUUUUGGUAGCAAGUACGUACGUAGUGUAAUUCACUAGCAAGUUUUUUUUAAUAAGAUAUAAUAGUAUAAUACGCCAUAGGAGUACUCUGCUUUUUAUUUUAUAUUAGAUAUAGUACU